AUGCCCCUCGACGACGACGACAACCCCACCGCGGCGCCGGCCGUUCAGCUCCAAAACGACUCGGGCGCCGGCGAUGAGGCCGAGGACGAAGGGCUCUUCGACAUGCGCCUAUUCGCCUCCAUGUUCAACAAGAAGGGCGUCUCGAGCCAGGCGGUGCGCAAGGGCCAGAAGGACUUCGAGUCGCACGGCACCCGCGCGCAGGAAAACGCGCUCGAGACGAGCAGGCAGGUCAUCGAGGAGGUGCUCUCAUACUCGCGCGUGCACCGCGACACCUGGAGCAAAGGGUGGUACUUCCCCGACUACUGGCCCGAGACGCUGCAGGCCGUCGAAGACGGGGACACGUCUGGGCUCGCGAGACCCGAGUAUCUGCAGGAGUUUCUGGCCGAGACGGGGCCCAUCUACGCAAAGGAGCGGGUCGCCGUCGUCGAGGAAAUGAAGGGACCACAGGCGAAAUCGAUGGGACGGGUUAUUAGAGGGCUCAAGGCGCCGAGGCCGGCGGUCGGAAAGCUGUGGCUGUUGCCCGAGGAGGCGCUGUUUCUCGUCGAGAGAGGCAGCCUGGAUCUCUGGUGGCCCUUUCGCGAGCUUGGGGAGAUCUUGCCGCCGCCGGAGAGCAAGGUUGCGGAGGGAACCGUACACGAUGCGGAGCAAACAAAAGCAGACUCCGGCGAGGAGGCGGACGAGGGCUCAGACGACGAAUUCGACGCCGGCGUGCCCCUGAGUUUACAGGCCGCAUAUGCCCUCUUUAUCGGCAUGGACGGCGAGCGGGGCAAGAUUACCCUCCCCAAAUACCAAGUCUACUCGCAUCUCCGCCGGUUAGGAUACUACGUCCAGCGCGCGCCGCCUGAUGCCACCAAUCUUGUACCUCAGCCCCAACCUGCAGGGAAGUCAUUAUGGCAGUGGCUCGUUUCACUCCUCGACAGACCCGCGCCCACGCCGCCGCCCUACGGGCCCCUCGUUAGGCCCGGCGUCUACCGCCAAUACAGCCUCAUUUACAAACAACUCGAGCUCCUCGUACGGUACCAGCCAACGGCCGCUCCCCAGGAACAGGUCGCGCCGGAGGGCGCGUACAAGGUUCACUGGCACGUGUGGAAGCCAUCCAAGCAUCCGAACCUGCGCGUGACGGACCUCCCGCCGCCGGAUAUUCGCAUCGCUGUCGCCGACGCGCGGGAUGACCCCGUGCCGUCGUUCGAGGAGGUGUCGGCGCUGCUGGACUCGACGCCGUACGAUCCGCCCGACCUGAACACGAUGGGUGGGCCGGGGCGACUGUACCAGAGGCUCAGGCACGGGUACCGCAACGUGCUGAUCGCGGUUGUGGACCGCGGCCUGGUGAACUUCAUGAGGUUCGGCCAGGCGGCGUUCGGGGAGGAGAGGCUGUAUGAGAGGUUUGACAACCGAGGCGGGUUCCGUGGCGGGAAGAGGGGCGGGAGGGGUGGACGGGGGCGAGGUGGAAGGGGCAGGGGACGCGGCCGGUGA